AUGGCGCCCGCGCAGCGCCCGCUGCUGCCGCUGCUGCUGCUGCUGCUGCCGCUGCGUGCGCGCAACGAGGACCCGGCCCGCGCCAACGCUGACCGCUACGCAGUCUACUGGAACCGCAGCAACCCCAGGUUUCAAGUGGGCGCUGUGGGUGAUGACAGCGGCGGCUACACGGUGGAAGUGAGCAUCAAUGACUACCUGGACAUCUACUGCCCGCACUACGGGGCGCCGCUGCCCCCCGCCGAGCGCAUGGAGCGGUACAUCCUGUACAUGGUGAACGGCGAGGGCCACGCGUCCUGUGACCACCGGCAGCGAGGCUUCAAGCGCUGGGAAUGCAACCGGCCCGCAGCACCCGGGGGGCCCCUCAAGUUCUCAGAGAAAUUUCAGCUCUUCACCCCCUUUUCCUUGGGCUUCGAGUUCCGGCCCGGCCACGAGUACUACUAUAUCUCUGCCACACCCCCCAACCUCGUGGACCGGCCCUGCCUGCGGCUGAAAGUUUUCGUGCGUCCAACCAAUGAGACCCUGUACGAGUCCCCUGAGCCCAUCUUUACCAGUAACAGCUCCUGCAGCGGCCUGGCAGGCUGCCGCCUCUUCCUCACCACCGUCCCUGUGCUGUGGACCCUCCUGGGCUCCUAGUGUCAGUCAGGUUGGAUGACAUCAGCCCCACCGGGACCUCUUGACCAUGGCCCUCUGACCCACCACGGCCACCUCCGAGACAAAAUCCUUGCUGCUUCUCUUUCAUGGUGCUGUCUUGCCGGAGGAGGCUGUCCUCCACCCGUCCCCAGGAGGCGACCUGGGGGUCCCCGAGGCUGAGCCACUUGCUCCAGGGCUGCCAGGGAGCCCACCACGGGCCACUCAAUGUUGUCUCAUUUCAGUCAGAAAGACUUACGGUUUUUCUUUUAAUUUAAUUUAUUCCCUGCUACUGCUGGUGACGCUGGGACAGGAACAAGCCAGAGGGGCGAGGUGGAGCCAUCUCUGGCCUCCUGUGAGGCGUAGACACAGGGAUCACCAACCAUUUCCUUCUUCUGUGUCCUGUUAUUUGGGUCCCAGAUGGAGCCCACCCUGGACUUGCCUCAGGUUCCUCCGGUCAGGCAAGCCUGAGCCAGAAACGGUGCAUGGUGCCAG